AUGGCCUCUCUUCGCACAAGGCUUGCUAUCUGGCUAUGGGGCCCAGAACCCAAAGAUCGUGCGCUUUUGGCUAAACUUGACGUGACUCUUCUUCCCUAUUUUUCUUUGAUAUGGUUCCUUUUCGGUGUGACUCGAGCCAGCUAUUCCACUGCCUAUAUCAGUGGCAUGAAAGAGGCCCUUGGUUUCGAGGGGAAAGAGUACAACUACAUGAGCACUGCGUACCUGGUUGUCUAUGCUGUAUGCCAGAUGCCAGGGACCAGUCUUUUGACUAUUGUCCGACCUAAAUAUGUCUUCGUUGCUGCGAAUGUGACUUGGAGUGUCUUGACUCUCAUCACGUACAAGAUGACACGCGCUUGGCAGGUUAUUUUGUUGAAUGCGAUCGAGGGAGGGUUCUCGGCUAUUGCAUACGUGGGAGCCCAGUUUAUUCUCGGCUCGUGGUAUAAGAAGUCUGAGCUUGGUAUCCGGGCGGCGGUUUUCUGCGUUUUUGGCCAUAUAGGCAGCAUGGCUGGUGGGUGGAUUCAGGCAGGACUGCUGCAGACACUGGCUGGAAAGGGUGGUCUUCCUGCCUGGAAAUGGAUUUUCAUUAUCGUGUCGGUGAUGACUGUUCCAGUUGCGCUAUUCGGCUGGGUCUUCAUCCCUGAUUUACCAGCACACCGUGCAGCCUGGUAUCUCAAUGCCGAGCAAAAAGAGUAUGCUGUCACUCGUCUGGGGUCCCCACGAAAGGAGUCCUGGGACAGGACAGUAUUCAAGAGAGUGCUGUUGAGCUGGCAAUUCUGGCUCUUACCAUUCAUCUUCAUGUUGUAUUCCCUCUCUGUCCAAAUGUUACAAAACAACGUCAUGGCCUACUGGAUGGCUGGACAAGGCUACACAACCAUCCAGCAAAACAACUAUCCCACCGGCAUCUACGCAACCGCCAUCAUCGGCACCGUCCUAUACGCAAUCAUAUCCGACAAGCUCAAAUCACGCUGGGAAGUCUCCAUCGCCAUCGGCCUAACAUUCGUCAUCGGCUCCGCCAUCCUUGUUUCAAACCCCCCAACAGAUGCUGGCUACUUCGUGGCAUUCUACCUACUAGGAACCACGUUCGCACCCCAGGCAGUCUGGUACUCGUGGCUCGCCGACGUAACAAGUCACGACUUCCAACUCCGCGCUAUCUCGACGGGAUUCAUGAAUUCAUUCGACUUUGCGUUUGUUACGUGGUGGCCACUGAUAUUUUAUCCCGCGACUGAUGCGCCGGAUUUCCACAAGGGGUAUAUCGCAAGUCUAGUGACAGGUGCUUUGACUUUGCCGCUUAUUGGGUUGAUUGCUUAUUUGGAGAAAAGAGAUAUGGCCCGGGGGGUUAUCGGGAGGGUUGUGAUUGACAAUUCUGUUCUUGAGGAUGAUGGUUCGCGUGAAGAUGAGCCGGGUAAAUCGUUGAAUCCGCCGGUGGACGUGCGGGCUAGAGAGGUUGAUGUUUAA